AUGGCUGCGCUCGUUUUGCUCACAGCCUCGCCACAUCACCAUGUCAUCGAAGAACCAAAGAAUUGGACAACCCUCCAAGAGUGGGCCAAGAACGGAAGUACCAUCAAAUUCGAAAGUUUAGUGGGAAAUCCUUGGAAACAGCCAAUUUACUUAGAAGCAGAUUUUGAUAUGUUGAUAGUGGUAACAAAUUAA